CGUCUCAAAAAUGAUUUUCAGACUAAAAAUGGAUGAAAAAUAACAGAAGAGAACGUGAGGAGGAUCCAGAAUCCAGAGGAUCCAGAAAAAAUGUCUUCGAGUGCCUUCCUGUGCCUGAAAACCAACGAAUAUCUCCCAAUAUUUAUAUUGUUUUAUAUAAUAAACGCUUGUCAAGCAUGGCUUCCAGACACGAGCACAAAAUUAAUGAACAGUGCAAACAAAAUAUCUAGUAUUAGUUUUCGGGGGAAUGGCAGCAACAUUCCCGACCAUUUUACUGUCUUGUAUCAAGACAAAGAUUCCAUCCUGUUGGGCGGAAGAAAUCGAAUAUACAAUUUGUCGAUAUACGAUUUUAGUGAGCGAAAGAACUCAGAAAUAUUCUGGCCUUCAUCGGAAGCCCAUAGCCAACUAUGUAAUCUUAAGGGUAAAAACGAAGACGAAUGCCAAAACUACAUUAGACUGCUCUUCUUUACUAGUCCAGGAAAAUUAUUGGUGUGUGGGACCAAUUCAUUCAAGCCCCUCUGUCGAAACUACGCACACAAGAAUGGGCUCUUCAUCGCUGAAAACGAGUCAGAUGGUAUAGGGAUAUGUCCCUACGACCCUAACCACAACAGUACAGCGAUCUACAGUUCGGGACAUUUAUUUUCGGCGACAGUUGCUGACUUCUCAGGAGGAGACCCACUUAUUUACAGGGACCCCUUUCGGACGGAAUUAUCUGAUCUCAAACAUCUCAAUGCUCCGAAUUUCGUCAGCUCAAUCACGCACGGAGAGUACAUCUAUUUCUUCUUCAGAGAGACGGCUGUAGAGUUUAUGAACUGUGGCAAGAUAAUUUACUCGCGAGUGGCCAGGGUUUGCAAACACGACAAGGGCGGUCCGCAUCAAUCAAGGAGUAAGUGGACAACAUUCACAAAGGCAAGACUGAACUGUUCCGUACCCGGGGAGUACCCAUUUUAUUUUGAUGAAAUACAGUCAACAAGUGCGAUAAUUGAACGCAAAUAUGGCGAAUCGAGCACGAAGAUCAUCUACGGGGCCUUAACAACCCCGGACAACGCGAUCGGCGGUUCUGCCAUAUGCGUCUUCCAGAUGUCGGACAUCGAGGAAGCAUUUCGAGGACCUUUCAAGCACCAAGAGAGCAUCAACGCUAAUUGGUUGCCCGUCCCGGACAACAAAGUGCCCGAACCCAGGCCAGGGGAGUGCGUAAGGGACAGCAGGAUCCUGCCGGACGCCAAUGUGAACUUUAUUAAGACGCACCCGCUCAUGGAGAGAGCGGUUCCCUCUUACCAAGGCAGGCCCAUUUUGAUAAGAGUCAGCUUGAACUACCGGUUUACGGGUAUAGCGGUCGAUCCGCAAGUUAGAACAGUCAACGACAAGACGUACGACGUCAUUUACAUCGGAACAGACGAUGGAAAAAUAUUGAAAGUGGUGAACAUCGCGUCGGAGCAGUCUUCCAAGGCCUUUGUCAUAUCAGAAAACGAAAUAUUCCCUAGGGGUACACCUAUAAAACAACUGGCAAUUGCUCCAGGAUACGGAAAAGUCAUAGCUGUCAGUAAGGCGGAAACCAAAUUGGUUACCCUCAACCACUGCAAGUCCACCGCAACCUGCAAUGAAUGCAUCGAGCUACGAGAUCCUCACUGCGCAUGGGAUCAACUGAAGAACCUCUGCGUCAGCGUAGACAUGGCUACGUCCCUUAGGUAUCUCAUACAAGACAUAAAGAGAGGAGAUGCUUCGAGAUGCAAGAUAUCCACCAACGAGAAAGUGCCCAGGAAGGAAAUUGAUGAUGAUAACACCAUCCCUAGCAACUCCAUCGAAGAAGAACCAAACUCCAACGCAAAAGAGUUGACGUUGCAAGUAGAGAAUCGUUCAGAUUUUGAUGAAUGCAACAACGACAUCAACUCUGAUGUUAAAACGGGCUGUUCUCAAAUAAAGAAGAGCGAAUUCACGUCGGGGACAUUGUGGUGGGGCAUUGUGAUCGCAGCGAUGAUUGGUCUCUUUGUGGGGUUUGCUGGGGGCUACUGUGUGUCAAGAAAAUUUUACAUGCAGUAUAAUAACGCCCCUUUUAUAGAACAACACAACCAUCUGGAUAGAUUAAACGUGAACCAGAAUAGUUUUUUAGCCAGGCCGACCAAGACGGUUAAUUUAGACGUCUUGAACGUGUCUUCGGACACACUCCAGCCAAAGAAAGAUAACUUAGGAUCUCUAAAAAAUUUAAAUAUCACGAACGAAGGGACUUUGCAAAAGAUCAAGAAGACGUACAUAUAGAUGCGAAGAAAGAGCAUUUUUGGCUUGCUUCUGUAAUCCUUUUUAGAUAUAUUUUUGUACCUGCUGUUUUAUUUUGAGCGAUGUAGACUGCCUGCGAAGCUAUUACGUGUUUUAUAGUAUACAAUAAAAUAUUUUAGUAUUUUUCUACAGUAAUUAAAAUGAUUUUAUGAUGAAGUAAUGGAUUGUUGAUUAACUUGGCAUCGGCUUUGUAGAAAUUUUUCCUGAUGGAUUUUAUUUGAUGUCAGUUAUUGUAAAGCUCAAUGUUUUAUAGAUAUGUUUUAAUUUUUAGGUGUAAAUUUUCAACUUCUAAGUUGUUAAAGUAAAUAAGCGCUCACUUUUUAAGGCACAAAAGCAUUAUCUCACACAUAUAGUAUUUUUUAAAUACUGGUUUUAGGAUUAGUGUAAAUGUGCUUAAUUCAAGAUAUACAAAGAUUUGCUAAGUAGGAAUCUUAUUAUUAAUGGUGCAUAUUGUACCUUAAAAUAUUUUGAAAUUUAGCUCAAAAAUUAUGGAUGACACUGGCAAAUAAUUCUUAAAUUAAGUGAAACUGUUAAUCUAAAGAAAGAAAAAAAUAGAGUAUUAACUAUUAGAUGAUAUUAUUUUGUGUACAAUAAUUUAAUUUUAAUAAAUGUCCACUGUUUAAACCUGUAUAAUCAGUCCAAAUAACUGAGUAGGUUUAACAUUCUUAGAGAAUAGUUUAAGAUCUAAUGUUUUAUUUAAUAUCUAAGUUAAGGAGUAUUCGGCAAUACGACAAAGUAACAAUUCAUCUGAAGCGUAGUUCUUAAGCAAUUAUUGUAAAUAGAUCGAUUUUACUUUAAGUUAGUUUCAGGUACAGUUUUGGCUGUGAUCUACAAAAAAAAUGCCUUCAAAUAUUUUUUUAUCGAUAAUAAGUGAAAAAAUAAUAGAAUGACUUUUUUAGGAGGAUUUUUAGGAUUAGUGCCCGUUCGAAUUUGUUUUAUUAUUUUUUCUUUGUACAAUUAAGCGUUUUAGUUUAAUCUAGGAACAUAAGUAAAUACAUUCCAAUCGCUAUUUUACAUUUAAGUAAAUAAAAACGAAAACAA